GGUUACUUGUUUGACCAAUGGGGUUUGCCGUACCGGCCCCAGGGGCCAAGAGCGCUGACCUGCAGCGAGAAAGACAAUAUGGUUGUGUUUAGACCCUGGAUCAGCUGGGCGUACACCGGGUAACUAGAGGCACAGGCGGCUCCUGCCAGUUUGGUUCCACUGUGAUGCAGUCGGAAUAGAGCGGAAACUGUACUAAAAUUCAAAAGUUCGUGCAAAAAUCGGUGACGGAAGACGACAGUCCUACCAGAGAUUGAGUGUGCACCAGUAUUCAUUAUCAGUGGUUCUGACAAUGUUACCCGACCAGUCGGAGUAAUCGUUGAUCAUCGGACUGUCCCUCCAGGGGUUUCGUGCUUUUGUCUGACAACAUUGUUGUCACACAACUUAUCAACCGGUUCGAGCCGGUUUGGGUUGACAUCAGUACACCUGAAUAUUGAGGAAAGCAGGUACAAGAGUAGAACUUAAAGCAGUUUUUGGUGUGCAGUUUGACAAGUUCGUUGUGUAUAUGUUUGAGUGGGUAUCAAAUCUCGCACGUUCGUGGACAACGGGAGACCUACACUGAGUGGACCCAGACUAUGUGUUUCAAGGCGCCCUCGGUCGAAGCAGUGCGACGCCGUCGGCACUUUUUGCUGUGUUCCUCCAUUCUUCAGAUCGUGUUGUUCUCAGGAAUUCUCCUGGGUUGGGCAAAUCUCCUACCUGUGCUGAGACAGGAAGGUGUUUUCUCUCACCUGUGUGACCAAGAUGGCGCCAAUCCCACUGAAGACCGUCGCGCAAGGCCAAGCUAUCAGGCGUACAAAACACCUGCAAACAAGAACUCACAAAAUACAUUCCCCCCCAGUGCAGAACCUAAAUUCACGAGAGAACGGCAGCAACUGUACCUGAGCGAGGAGACAUUGCUCACCGUGACUGAGCCAACUGCCGGCCAACUAACAAACAAGAAGGUCAUAGUGCCUGACGAAUUUCUAGACGGAAACUCCGAAAUUUUGGAGGAAAACGCGUCUCAGAAAUGGAAAUGGCGAGGGGUUAGAUAUAGGCCGAGGCUCGAAUCGUCGACAACAGAAAUACAGACUGUCCGAGAGGGACGCUCUGCGGUCCACAACAGAACGGAUGGGACGGUGACUACCUGUUCGGCUCAAGAGGGACAACUCAGCCUAGCCUACACACUAGGGUCCUUCCUUCUGUCCGGUGCUACCCUACCAGGUGGCAUCAUCUUGGACAGGUUUGGAGCAAGGAAAACACAGAUCUUCUGCAGUAUCCUGUACGGGCUGUCGACUCUAUGUUUUGCCUUUACGACACAGGAAACUCCGCACUUUUUAUUUCUCGCCACGUCACUCAGCGGCGCUGUUGCCCUGACCAUUCUUGUUGCACAACUACAGGUGGCUAACUUGUACAGUCAGAACAGAGCCCUGGUCCUCGGGACGUUCAGUGGCCUUUUUGCGAGUUCAUGCACUGUGUUCUUCAUCUUUUCGAAACUGUACGAGCGAGGGUUCGACAUCCAUGUCAUGUUCUACCUGUGGACGGGUGGGGCCGUGGUGCAGUUUCUCAGUGCCAUCUUCCUGACGCCAGACGACCCCAUUCUCCCACCGGCGCGGGGGUCGGACGACUCGUCGUCCGGAGAAUCGUACUCCAGUGGGUCGUCGGAAAAGUCGUCGUCGAACGAUGUAUUUAGAAAGGGCUCCAAGGAUCAGUGGUUGACCACCGAAGUGCAGACCGAGCCCAGUGCCAGGUCCCUGUACCUCUCUCCAGACUACAUAUGGCUGCUGGUUUGGCUCUCCAUCUUGCAGCUUAAGUUUUUCUUCAUGGUCGCCAUUUUGAACCAACAACUCAACGUCCUGUCGGAAGACGACGGCUCAUCAGUGAAUUGGUACCUGAGCUGCUUCGCCAUCGUUCAAGGCGCAGGGCUCCCCUUCUCGCCUCUGGCUGGUUGGGUCAUGGACCGGGGCUGCAAGAAACCAAUAGCGGCGCCUAGCUUUUUGGUGAUGUACUACAGGAUACAAAACAUCGGUCAUCGGUUGGCCCUGCACCAAGACAGCAACAGUAACUACAACUUCAACUUGGUGUACAGCCUUAAACACGACAGGAGAGCUCUGGAGCUUCAACUGCCAGAUGAGCACGUGGAUCAAAAGGACCAGUCCAGAAGAAUAAAGAAUUGUGCAGUUUCCAGUCUCGUCACAUGUUGUUUAGGCCUUGUUCUGUGUAUUGCAGACGUCAUUCCAGUCAUGCAAGUCCAGAUCCUGGGGUUCGUGGCUUUAAUUGGCCUAAGAGGAUUUCUGUAUUCUACGUACACCGCGUACAUCACAAUCAUUUUCCCGCCAUCUCAUCACGGCCGGCUGAUGGGUGUAGGGUACGUGGUCGCUGCAGUGGUGGACCUGCUGAUGUACCCAGCAUUCCUGCUGAUGGAGGGGGCCCUGAAGGGGGACCCGUUCUAUAUCAAUGUUGUGCUGCUGCUGCUAUCCCUGGUGGCCUUUGGGUUGCCGGUGUACCUUGCGCGGAAAUGUCGACGGUCAGCUCAUGGCAAUCAUUUACUGACGUUGCUACCCACGCCAUCCAAAGUGUGAUACAAAAUAGCCUCCUGAGAUGAAAAUGUCGAUGAAAGUUGUAAAUAUGUGCUAGCAGUUUUGGAGACGUAUAGGCCCACAGGGUAAAGAAAUCUUGUUUUCCUCGACCGAUGUCUACCGCAUAUUCACAUUAAGUCGCUGCUACCCUCCGCCAGCCAAAGUGUGAUUCAAUUAUAUUCUACGGGAAUGCAGAAGACGAUAAAACAUGUAAAUAUGUUAGCAGUUUGGGGAAUGUAAAAAUACACUUGUAGAAUUCAGUCCUCUCCUUGGUUCAUAUUAGCGAGGUGGCGCUUUUAUACCUAGAACAAUAAAAGCCAGUAUCUUAUAGCUUUGGUAGAUAUUUUGUAAAGAUGGUUAUGAUGCAAUGUAGCAAGGACUGUAACUGUUUGCUUGGAUCACUCAGGAAAUAUGAGAUUCCUUGUCAACAUGUCCGAAAAGAUGAACCACUGUGCAGAUAAAGAUAUGAAUCAUAUCAAACCAUCCGAAAUAUUGUCAGAAGCAAACCGCUUGAAUACGGACAGACUGCUCAUAUGCUACAUCGGUGCUACGUGUAUCAUUUAGCCAGUGUAUCUAAUGAUCUGAUGAUUGUUUUUUACAAACAAUGCCUUAAUGCUUCGUCAGAAGCCAGUAGUGAGGAAUCCCUAUCCACGGGCCAGUCUUCUUGUAUAUUUUGCAGUCCAUAGCGAUUAUCUCUCAAGUCUCAAAUAAUUGUGUUUGUUGCUUAUAAAUGUAUAUUCACUGGUCAUCAAAGUUGAGUAAAUUCGUACAGCGCAACUGUAUCAGUUGUAUCCGCUUUCUGUCAGCUGUAAAUAGUUCUGUGGCAGGUUUUAAUUGUUGUUUUUCCCGUGGAAAGUCACACUUAAAGUAUGGAAGUACCCGAAAUGGAGUGUGGUAUCCAAAUGGCACGGUGUGGAUGUUGUCUGAUUUACAUUGUGCAGGUUUUUAUAUUUUCCAUUACCAUGUAAUGUUUAUUUUACAGGUUGUAUUUACGAGUCGAUCCAAGAGACAAUUGUGUUUGUGACGCUAUGUCACGGGGUACAACUACGUAUACGUCAUCAAAAUGGCGACAGCGGUUGUAGGUCGUCCACUAUGUCAUAUUUUCAUAUCUUACUGUCCUUCAGAGAGGCUGGCAUGAAACAUGACGUAGCUUGAUAGGUGGUAGUCUUUUUUGUUAUCUCAGGAUCAGCUAAAGCCAACAAUUAUCGUCAUUGUCGUCAAACUAUUUUUGGUAAUUAAUGCUUUGAAUGUAUGAUGUCGCCACUUUACAACCGACGUUCCUAUCAGACAUUUCGACAUCAAGACAUGGCGAUAAUUUCUUUCUUCAAAUGACCCUCACAUACUCUACCACCUCGCAUGCUAGGUUAGUUUAUGCUAGGUUACACAUAGACACCCAUGUGGACGACCAACUACCACGCACUGGUCGGCUCCGCCAGUUUGAUGACGUAUGUACCCGUAUCAACUACUAUAGUCGUACUGACCAACGUCGUGCAAUGAACUAUCAUGGGACCACAGUGGAAUAUGUACUGAGUUGAGACGAUGUACUUGCCUGGAUAUAUCAGCAACUUAAGUGUACUUGUAUCUGAUUACAAAGAUGUUAUACAUUGGUAUUAGGCACAGCUUCAAACGCGUGCAGAAGAAAGAAGUUGAAUUUUGAUUGAAUGAUUGAUCCUAGUCUAGUGAUAUUUCUUUCUAGACUCUGAUUCGUUAUGUAUGUAAAAUGUUCAUAUGUGAUUUCGCAGAGAUGGAAUAUAGUCACAUAGCGUGGAUAUUGGUGGAAAAAUGAAUUGUGUAACAGGUUUAAAGUUAUUACCGGCUUUUACGUGAAACACAGCAAUGGGCAUCUUAUAUGAGGUGAAAAUAAAACAUAUGAUUGCUUCUG